CCGAAGCAGAGAAUAGAUAUUCAGGUUAAAGCCGAAUUAGCAAAAACUAAGGAAGUGGUAUGUUGCAUAUGUUAUGAAGAGGUAGAUCCUUGUAACACGGUUGGUACAAUGUGGGCUCCGUGUUGUAAAAAGAAUGCGUGGUUCCACAGAAAAUGUGUUCAGGUAGAACGAAAUGUAUGUUGGUCUUUGAAAAAUUUAUUUCAGCAAUUGGCUAUGAGUGCUGGAUAUUUUUUCAAGUGUCCUUUGUGCAACGAUAAAAACUCGUUUCAAAAGGCGAUGCUGGCAUUUGGUAUUUUUAUUCCAAGUCAAGAUGCCUCUUGGGAACUCGUGCCUAACGCGUUUCAAGAACUUUUAUAUAGACACGAUCAGUGUGACGCUCCGAAAUGUCUGUGCCCUAAAGGUAGAAAACAUUCAAGUUUUAACGCGAAGUGGAAGCUAGCUCUUUGUCGAACUUGCGGUUCGCAAGGAAUUCAUAUGGCUUGCGGACAGCUUAAAUGGCCUAAUCCUGUUUGGGAAUGUAAAGAGUGUAUUUCUAUUCUAGAACUAUUUCCGACUCCGAGGAUUCUGACAGUGACGUUUCCGUUGGUAAAGAUUCACCUGUACCGUUUACAUCGAGUUUGUCAGUUAUAAACUCUACGUCGCAAACGCCGAUCAUUAAGCAACGUCCUGGUCCUCGAUUUUUCAAAUUAAGACAACUUAAAGCGAUUGAAGAGAUGCAAAAGUUGGUAUUUACAAAAAUCAAAGAUAUUGAGAAAUCUUCGAGUACCGGCAAAAGCUAUAAAACCAGUGAAAACACGAAUAUCACGUUGAACAUGGAACAGCGCGGUCUGCAGUCUACGAGUAGCAAAGAAAUGUUUUUUAUGAAUGUAUCGAGUUUAGUAACAGAUUCAACGUUGCAUAAUUACGGAGAUAAUCUCAAUUCUACGAUUCAACGUUCCAAAUCGCAAUUGGAUGAACGAGUUGACGAUAUUGCAAUUGACAGCGAUAAUUACAUCACAGAGGCAAAUAUCGAAACUUAUAUGCACGAAUCGAGUGAAAAUAUAAGUUAUUUCAACGCCGCUGAUUUUAUUUCAUUGCGAGAUACGUUUAUCGAGGAUACGAAUACGAGGGAAAGAAAUUAUUUAUCUUCGCUCGAAAGCGAUAAAAUCGAACCUGACAAAAGUAGCGUUGUACGUAAUUCUAGUCCAAGGGUAGAAAAGCUAUUGCGAGAAAGCAAUUCGAGUCGAAUCGUUGCUAAUAAUAAUCUUUCAGCGAGUAAUUUGAAUGUAACUGAAUCUGAUAAUUCGAAGAAAUUUAAUUUACAGAAUGAAACAAAGUCUGACGUUUCGAGCAAUACGAUACAAUUGGACGAUGAAAAGAAAUACAGUUAUACCGAUUCUAUUUCAGAAAUUAAAGAUACAAACGUAGUUUCGUUAGCAUCCAAAGAAUCUAAAAAUAUAUUUUUUAUCGAAGAAGAACAACGAACAAUUCGCGAUCAAACGUCACGAAGCAGCCAUGAAUUAACCGGUAACAACUCAGUGAUACGAUCUCCAUGUUAUCGGAGCAAUGUUUUAAAAUCAGAGUUAAAAAGAAAUUAUAACGAAACUACGUCGAUCCCGGUAGUUUCAUACAUAAAUGAAACUAAAAGAUUGAGAAAAACUGCUAACGUAACGAAGGAAACGAAGGAGCAGUUGUCACGCGUGUCUUUGCACGCCUUUGCAGAUGUUGGAUAUGAUAAAAAUAAUUUACAAAUUAAUAAUCAUAACGAUAGAAUUUCUGUAAAUGAAUUUCAUUCGCAGAAUAAAAAAUCGCAUGUUCGAUUCGAUCGAAAUUCUAAUGCGGAUGAGGAUGUUGUACGUUCUACAAAUGCAUCGUACGAUAUAUUAAAUAAUAAAACUGAUACGAAUAAAGAAAAAGUUGGCACGCGUAUAAAUAUUGCAAACGAAGCGAAUAAAGCGGUUAGAAAUGUUCGAGUUAAUAACGAUAUAAAAAAUCGUGCUGAGGAUGCAAGCGCCAGUUCUGUUGUCGAAUCGAGUAACAUUGUCACGAAUGAAACGAAGAUUAAUUGCGCUGGAAAAUCUAUCGAGUCGGAUCGUUCGAAGUCGAAAAAAUCACAAAUGCCGGAACACCGGAAAUCUCGGAACGAUAUUGAAAUGGUCGUUCCGAAACAUAGAACUUCGAAUAAUAAAUUUCACAAUCUGUGUUGGCGAGACAAAAAUGAAACCAUAAACAGUGAUUGUCCUCGAUUAAUACCGGAAUAUAUGUGCUUGCGUGAUCUUAAGUUUCAUGUACGUAAUGUAGAUAAUCUGCAGGUGAUUCUAUAUGAUAAAUAUUCUGUAAAUAUUAACAUGGAAACUACCGGAAAGAAGAACACCACGUUUGAUACGCCGGUAAAAAAGACCGUUGAGCAAAUUUUUAAAACGCAGAACGAUACUUUCUCAAACUUCGUGUCUGGAAAUAUUUAUAACAAUGACAAAAACACAACCGCAUUUAUUAAUGAACGAUCUAAAAAUGAUCAAGAUGAUAUAAAAGAAAAUCUAGAUCCAACAUUGACAAUUCCUUAUAAAAAUCCAACAGAUGAUUUACUAAUUAACGCAACGUUGGAUACAAAUAAUUCUGUGAAUGAUGAUCAAAGUGAGAAUGGAAAUUUAAUCCAUCCCAGAUCUAAAAUAGUCGAUGGACAAAGUUAUAAAACUAUCGGUUUAAUUGGUGACGCUAAAAACAAUAUCGAUGCCGUUGCAAGUUGUAAUCACAAUUAUGACGAAGGUAUUAGUAAUAUCGAACAAAGUGUAAACUUUGAUAAUGUGAUACGGAAUACUUGUGAGAUACACGGUGUGGAGAAAAGCUUGAAAAUCGAUUCUCACGAUCCGAUUGAAUUGGUACAACGUAUAUUGUUUCGUAAAAAUUAUGCGAAUAACAAAUCUGAAGAUAGGAAUGAGAAAGAUUUUAAAGUAAGUAUCGAUCUGAAGAAAAUAAAAAGUUUCGUUGAUGAUAAUCCCGACUUGUUCUCAAGCUGUAAAAAGAAAAAAGAAAUACAGAAAAAAGACACGGAUGAAUCGGAAUAUCUUGAAAAUUUUAUAUCGGCUACGUCCGAAUAUGUAUCGAAAGAAUUGACAAAUUACGAUGGAACUGUAAAAAAUAUUGAAGAUUUGAUCGCUGAAAAAGAAUUCGAUACAGCGAUGAGAUAUAUCAAUAUCGUAUUAUAGAUAUAUUGAUAUUUCAUCCGGUAGUUUUAGAAAUAUGAUUUAAGAGGUACUCGCGAAAAAUGUUUAAAAUGAUCUUUUCGAUAUAUAUAUGUUGUUACGAUGUGUACAUAGAGAAAUCGCACUUUAUUUAAAGCUUGAGAAGAUAUUUGUUUGCAAAAUGUUAAAGACACGUUCGUACGCGACAUAUUUAUUAAUAUAUAAUUACUUUGUUUGAUUUGAUCAACUUUGUAUGUGAUAUUUAAAAAUUUAAGAGUAACGGAAAUAAUUUUGUAAGAAAUACACGUGUACGUACGUACGUGUAAGUACUUGCAUGUACAAGGUGUAUCGCAAUGAGUAAUUUAACUAAAUAAAUAGGAGAUGAGUUUAUAGGUAAACACAAGUCGAAAAAAAAUUUUUUCAUUCAAGUUCCGUUUCUUUUUGCAGAAAAUCGAGUUAAAAAUUUAUGGAAUACUUGAUUUAUCGUUGAUUGAAUCGAUUGUAUAUAUUGAUAAUUUUUAUAAACUUGACGUACAUCGUAUUAAGUUUGAAAUAGAGAUUAUCAACGUACGCGAUCGAUUGAUGUACAAACUUGAUGAGAUACAUUACAUUCUAUAUUUUCAGACAUUAGCCAACGUAUGUCGAAAAAUUUAAAAAAAUUUUUUUGAAAAUAACAUCUUAACCGUUGUCCUUUUUUCGACUUAUUUUUAUGUGUACGAUAAAUCCUUGCACGAUUCUACCUUCUAUUUUGAUAUGCUUUGUAAAAUGACAAAAAUAUACGUAUUUGAAAAGAUACGAUAUUUGUCGCUUUGUUUCAAUCGCAGAUGAAAAAUACCGCGUAUAUGAUAAAAGAAAAUUUCAAUUUUGUAUAUACGAUAUUAUUUUAGCUUCUAUCGUAUUGUAUUGCUUGUAACAUUUAAAUACUUUCUGUAAUUAUAUCUUAUAGUUUGUGAGAUGUUUUAAAAAUUUAAAUAGUAAGUGUUUUCUUCGUUGUUCUUGAUUGUUUCUUUAACAUAAAUAUGUUCGACUAUUUUUUGAAGUAAUUUUAAAUUUUGCUACAUUUUAUUUUGUUUUAGGUAGCA